UGACAUUGAGGGUGGCCCUGUGCAUGCGUUCUGCCACCCAUGGCUUUUGGACCAUUCGUGCGAAUCAUGGCCCAGAUCACCAUGGUGGCUGGUGGCGCCAUUGGCCGGGCAGUGCUAGAAGCUUACAAGGAGGCGGCUGCCGGGAGAGGACCAGCAGCUGCUGCUGCGAAGCAAAUGUCAAGGAGACGGAUGUCACUGGAUGAAGCCAAGAAGGUUUUGGAUGCAGAAGGUUCAUUUUCGGCCGCUCAGGUGGAGGACAAAUUCCAGACUCUGCACAAGCUCAAUGCCCCUUCCGAGGAAUCGCCUGGCUCUCCGUACCUGCAAGCUCGCAUCUAUGCGGCGCACAAGGUCUUGAGCGAGCACUUGGGCUCACAGACCAGUUCGACCAAUACCGACAAGUCUGCCAAGCCUCCUGAGGAGUAGAUGACUUUGUAGUCAUACCUUGGGACAAUGCAGCCCAAUUCGAGAAGGGGGCACAGGAUGUCAGGCGUGCGUUUUUGGUCUUGACCGCGGGUUCGCAGCUCAAUUUUUCUGUGCCCGGGUGCCCACAAAGGCUUUAAAACCCCUGCAGAGCUCCCUUGAGCGCAUAGUCUCUAGAGCUUGUUUCACCUUAUCCACUUAGAAGGUGGUGCAGCUUCAGCCCAGUGACAGUUUGUGUCGCAUUAAACUGUGGCCAUGAUCU